CAGCUCGCCAUCUUUGUUCAAUACCGCUGUGUUUUUUUCGUCGAGCUACCAGUAAAUCUUCACAAAAAUGGAUGCUCCAGCUAAUCCCAAUCAGCCUCCAAGGGCUUCUCAGCCAGCACCGAGUAAUAAGAGGUUACAGCAAACCCAGGCUCAAGUGGAUGAGGUGGUUGAUAUUAUGCGAGUGAAUGUAGACAAAGUACUGGAAAGGGAUCAGAAGCUAUCGGAGUUGGACGAUCGCGCAGAUGCUCUGCAGCAGGGAGCCUCACAAUUUGAGACAAAUGCCGGCAAGCUGAAGAGGAAAUAUUGGUGGAAAAACUGCAAGAUGAUGAUAAUUCUCGCAAUCAUUAUCAUUAUUAUUCUCAUCAUUAUAAUUGUAUGGGCCACACAGUAAGUUGUGAUUGUGAACAACACAAAAAGUGGAUAACGUGGAGACGAGAUGAGAUGACGGAAUUUAGAGAAGGAAAGGAGUUGAUGGAAAAGAAGACGACUCGACGAGGAGGAGAAUAAGAUGUGCUUGCCAAUAGACAUCAACUCUUUUUUUUAUUGUCUUUCUUAGCCCUGUACCCAGUUUUUCACACCAUUAACCCCAUCACUCUCUUAAACCAUUUUAUCCUAACCCUGCUCCUACUCUCUCCUAAACUGUACCCAUUUCAUCCUAACCCUGCUCCUACUCUCUCCUAAACUGUACCCAUUUCAUCCUAACCCAACUCUUACUCCCUCCUUCCCUGUACCCAUUUCAUCCUAACCCUGCUCCAACCCUCUCCUACCCCUGUACCCAUUUUAUCCUAACCCAACUCCUACCCUCUCCUACCCUGUACUCAUUUUACCCUAACCCAAACCCUUCCCUCUCCUGACCCAUACCCAAUCUCUCACAGCUUAACUUUUUCUGCUCUUUCAACAUGUGUUCAGUACAAACAAGACAUCACUCUAUGAACAUUGCUUUCGCUGGUUCAAACUUCUGUCGUGACAAAACCUACUUUUAAUACUGCAGAAAAAAAUGUUUGAAUAAUUUUCACUUUUUGUUCCCGAAAGCACCUUUUGGUCUAACGCCAUUUUUAAGAAAGAAAUUGUAUGGAGAUUUGUAAAUUACUUCUAUUUAUCGUGUCGUUGUUGAUAUUUCUAUCUAUAUAAAAACUGUACCAUAGUGCAAACAUUCAGUUGGACACUGAAAUCACAUUUGGCAAGAAAACAAAACGAAGUGGACCACUUUUCAACCGUCACAUUACCAGUUUUUUUCCAAUCGUUGCAACUUUUUUUGAAAAGUGGUCCCCUUUAUUGUGUUUCCUGUCAUGGACACUUUAGGACUGUUAACAGCGUUUAAUAUUUAGUGCAGCAUUCAAAAAAUCUCCGCUGCCAUGUACAUAAGCAAAGCUUGUAGAUUCAAACACUAGUUAAUGAUCAUAUGGAACUUUGUUUUUUCAGACUAAACACCAGCCAAUGAAGCUGAUCGAAACCCAACCCAAAAGAUUUUCUCAUAACAAUUGGAUUACCUAUUCAUCCCAUGGGAUUUCUGAGGAUUUUUCCAGAUUUCAAGAAAUUCUCAUGAACUCUUUGAGCGUUUAAAUUUACCUGAAAGAAGCCCACCACUCACCAAAGGGAGGAAGGAAUAUAGUCCACAUUGUGUCCGAACCUGGAGUUUUGUAUUUUUGAUGAUGUGAACCGAUCAGAACCUUCAGAAAUUUAUACUGGCACCCC